CAGCUCUGGACUGUUAACUAGUGAAGUUAAAUAAUAGUUAAUGUGUAUUUUAUUAUAACAUAAAAGUCGAAAAUUUAAGUGAAGUUUCAAUAUGAAUUGCUUACUGCUAAUGCUCAUUUUAGCAGUGGCUUUACAAGCUAUAAAUGCUAAACCGCAGUUAUUAGAUCCAACAUAUUCAGAUGACGACCUUUUAGCGGAAGAAUCUAACAAUUAUCAAAAUUUUGGAGGCGCAAGUUCGUAUAGCUUUGCCAGUAGCUCCGCUAGUAGUAGUGGUAGUAGUUCAAGCAGUAGUAGCGCAAGCAGUAGCAGCGGUUUUGGUGGUAGUCCAUUUGAUGACUUUGGUUUUAUGCAUUUUGGCUUUCCAAAUCAUUAUCAACCAUACUAUGGUGGCUUCAUGCAACCAUUGCCUCCAUUCGGAGGACGUCCAGGCUACCCACCACCACCACCUCCGCCUCCACCUAAGCAACCGCCACGAAAUAAUAAUAACAAAAAUCCAUUUGUAACACCAAAUCGUCCAGGAAAUGUAAAUCAAAAACAAGUAAGACCAGGACAUCCACCACCGCCACAAAAUGCCAACAAUAAAAACAAUAAUAGACCCCCACCGAUACGACCAGGACAACAGCCUCCGCCAUUAAUUAACAACAACAAUAAUAAUAAUAAAAUUACAAAGGUACGGCCAGGACAGCAGCCUCCGCCUUUUAAUAAUAAUAACGGAAAUAACAACAAGAAUCCACAGAUAUUCAAUCCAGUACCACAACAUCCGGGACACAAUCCAACACCACACAAUCCAGUACCAUACAAUCCAGUACCAUAUAAUCCAGUACCACAUAAUCCCGUACCACAAAAUCCGGAACCAUACAAUCCAGUACCACACAAUCCUGUGCCUACAAAUCCACAAGUUAUACAACCCGUUCCAGUUAAUCCUAUAGUUGACCCAACUAUACCAUCUCAACCGACAUCAGGAACAGGAGAUUCACCUGUAUUUCAACCUCGACCACCUGUAAAUGUACAACCAACAAAACCAGGACUCAAUGGUCUUAUUGAUUCGAUAUUUACAACUCCAUCUAGUAGGAUAACUCCAGGUCCAGCAACUCUUACAUCAACCACAACUGAAGAACCUUUCUACGACAUUGAUAUAAGAGUAGGGGACUAAUGUUAAAAUAAAGUAAAUCUAUAUGUUAUAUAUAAGAUACUUUUCAAUGUAAAGAAAAUAUCAAAAGAA